CAAUUGCUUGAGCAGUACAUUUGUAUUAGAGUAGAAGCAAGUGAAACCCAUUGUUGAUGACACUUUACUCAACGUUCUUACAUAGUCAAAUAUUCCCACAACACAAAAACGACGUCGUACAUACACACAUUCAUCUCUCUCUAUAUAUAACCAAACAAAAGAAUUAAGAAGAAUCUCUUAACUAAAAAAACAAUGAAGCUCUCUCAAGUUUUCUACAUUAUCUUCUUAUUCUUCCUUGUCUCACAAGUAAACUCAACGUCCGAUAUGAUCGAACAAACCUGCAAAUCUUGCGCAGCGAAAUCCACGAUCUUCAAUUACAACUUCUGUGUCUCCUCUCUCAACAACUCACCAAUCGAUCUUCCUUCUCCGACCAAUCUUUCUUCUCUUGCCCUAGUUCCAAUGCUUCAAGCUCUCGACAACGCCACUGCGACCGCUACCACCAUUCAACAGCUUCUGAUAAGUGAGGACGACGGUGGUUUCCGCGGUGCUUGCCUUCGUGACUGCCUUGAGCUUUACGAGGACGCUGCGGAUAGAUUAGAGGAGGCAGUGAGAGUUUUUAUUGCAAGGAAAGAGUUAGGGACGGUGAAUGUGAUGGUUACCACAGCCAUGGAAUCCGCCGUGACGUGUGAGGAUGGGUUUAGGGAUAGAGACGACGGUGGUGGUGGUGCGAUGACGUGGACGUCUCCAAUUGGUGGUGACAAUUACAAGUUGUUUAAAUUGGGCCAGAUUGCUCUUUGUAUUAUCAAUAUGCUCUCUUCUUCUAUCACAUCUCUAUCUUUCUAAAUCGUUUUCAAUGAAGACAUUUUAGGCUUUU